CGGAGGCGGCGUGGUGAGCUCCCCCCUCCCCUCCGGCGCGUCGUGGCUGCCGCCGCGCGCGGACGCGUCCUGGACACCAAGGAGGAGGGGCGGGGAGGCGGAGAGCCCGGCGAGCACGCCCGAGCCUGGCAGUCCGGUCACGCCGCCUUCGAGGCGCCCCGUCGACUCCACGCGCGGGAGGGCGGGCUCGCCCUUCGAGCUCGGCGAGGCGGUGCGGGAGUCGCACUUCCCGUCGCCCUGCAGCCCCCCGUGGCCAAGUCCAGACGUCGAGGCGCAUUGCUACUACCGCGACGACGGCUCCGAUCUCGAGGCGGAGCUGGCGGCGACGCUCGGCUUGUCGCACAGGCGCAGUGCGGGAGAGGCGGCGGCUGGCAGCAGCGGGCGCGCCUCGGGUGGCACGCUGCGCCGCGGCGGCUCUGGAGGCGGCGGAGGCGAUGGCGGCGGAGGCGGCGGCGGAGGCGGAGGCAGAGGCGGAGGAAGCGGAGGCGGAGGCGGCGGAGGCGGAGGCGGGGGCGGGGGCGGGGCGGCCGGGGGCGAGGGCGGCGGCACGCUGCGGCGAGGCCGUUCUGGUGGCGACGGAGGCGGCGUCGCGUCUCGCGAGGAGCUGGCGAGACUGAGCGUCGAGGAGUGCGUGGUCCUCGCGCAGUGCGCGCUGCGGCUGCCGCCGUGGGACGGCUCCGUCGCGUACGAUUCGGUGCCUCGUGCGGCGGCGGACGCACCGCCGAUGCCGGCUUGGCUGGUGCGGACGUGCGGCCACGUGGCGGCGGGAGGGCUGCGCGCGCUGCUCAACUUGCUGAUGGCGGCGCUGCACUCGGCGUCGGUGGCGCGAGUCGAGGCGGCGGAGGCGAGGUGGGCGGCGAGCGCUCCAUUCUCGGAGGCGCGCGUGGCUGCGGAGGAGGCGAGGGGGGGGGCGAGGGUCGGUCUGGCGCACGCGCACGAGGACGCCGCGCUCGCCGCCGCCUGCAGCUCCGAGCUGCGCGUGCAGCGAGGCAUGCUCAAGGCACUCCUCGUCAUCGCCCACUACACGCCGGGCGAGCUUGCCUGCGAGCCCAUCUUCAGCGACGAGGCGCUGCAGGAGACGCUCUUCGGCCUCGCGACCACGGCAGACCCCGAGGUCCGCUUGUACGCCGUGCAAGUGCUGCGCGAGGUUGCCGACGCCGACGGGCCCGCCGCACGGGGCCUCUGCUCUUCCGAGAAGCUCGCCGGUGUGGUUGCGCUGUGCGACCAGUACCGCAAGGGCUCGUCCGAGCAGGCCGCCUCGCCGCUCUGCUGCGCUCUCGAGCUGCUCGAGACACUCCUCUCUGCCCGCGCCUCCGCCCGCUCCUCCCUGCCGGCCGGUCUCUGCUCCGUCCUCGCCGCCGUCGAGGAGCAGGCGCCGCCCGGCUCGGAGUCGCGCCGCCUCGCCUCCGGGCUGCGCACCCUCAUCGGCGCGCGGCCAGACGACUCGGACGGAGGGGGUUUGGCAGAGGGGCUCGGCCGGACCGGGUCGCGGCGCGGCUUCGGAGACGCCGUCGGGGAGUGGCUGAACCGGACCUUCUCGGGCGCGGGCACGCCGCGCGGCGUCUGACUCACCUUGGGAGCUACCCUCUUUGCGCUUUGGACGGCGUUUUGAGGUGGCGUCUUAGAGUCAGACGGCCAAACUGUCCGCUUGACCGCGGCACAACACCGUGACGCCCGUCACCCCUGCGCUGCCUUGCGUGUUCGGUGCUGCGAGCCCGUCUGUACACAACCGACAUGGCCCCAGCUCACUUGUGUACAGGUC